CAGCCACCUCUUACUACAGUGUCCUGCACUAUAAUAUAUCCCCAGUCACCUCUCCCUGCACAGUGUCCUGCUAUAUAACAUGCGAUAUAUAGUUCUUCUGUGUAUAGAGACGGCUCCCAUGCUAUGCGGUACAGUAAUAACAUCAGAGCACUGAUACAAUGUAACAGCAACAAGCACAGUACAGUCAGCAGUUUCUCGCAGCCUGAGCGGUGACGUCACCUGAGAAUCACAUGACAGAGGCGGGUCAUGUGACCUGUAAGUAUUGUUAUCUGUCAGUAUAAGGAAACAAAGCCACAGCAGCAGGAGGAAGAAGAAGAGGAAGAGUAGUAUUUAGUGUAUACUAUGUACAUGGAGGGGGAAUGUAACUAGCCAUGUGCAGGGGGAACAUACAUGAUUAGCUAGAGGGCUCACAUAGCUGUCAUACAUGAUCACAGCUGUCAUACAUGAUCACAUGCAGGGGGCACACAGCUGUCAUACAUGAUCACAUGCAGGGGGCACAAGGGACACCUAUAGGCCCAUCAUAGGGGGGUCUCCGAGCGAUUGGAAACGCAGCUGCAGAUACCCGUCUCCUGAGGACCUGACGCGUCACAUCACAGUUCUGCCCAGAGCCCACCAGCAAUGGGGUGGACCUUAUAUCCCUGGGGAUUAGAGAAUCCUUCCCCGCCGAAGAACUUCUCAGACUGUCAGAAUGGCUCGGAGUGGGUGUGGAACAUCUUUAACGAGUGUGCCUCCGACGCACGGGACCUCGCCAGCGUGUGUCUGGGGCUGCUCUCCAUCCUGUGCUUCGUCGCCGCCUCCUUCCCACAAUACAUCAAAUCGUGCAAGACGGGGAACAUGGACAAAGCGCUGUCUAUCUGGUUUCUCUUGGGAUGGUUAGCCGGGGACUCGUGUAAUUUUGUGGGUGCAUUCCUGUCCCACCAGCUCCCCAUACAGACAUACACAGCGGUUUAUUACGUGUUGGCGGACAUAUUCAUGCUAUCGCUGUAUCUAUACUAUAAGUACCGAAACCAGGGGCCUAGCGCGUCUCUGAGUAUAAACGCAGUCUGCACCUUCGCUCUGUUCGGGUCUGUGGCCGCUGUACCUCUGCUAAGGGCCCCAGUGCUGAUGCCGCUGGAAUCGCGCGGCCUGACUGGGGGAAGACGCCUACUUUACACGGACAGCUCUGAAUGCGAGCCAUUCUCCACCCAGGAGAUAAUUGGAAUUGUGAUUGGUUCAGUGUCCUCCUUGUUCUACCUCAUCUCCAGGCUCCCGCAGAUAGUCACUAAUUUCAGGAGAAGAUCCACGGAAGGCCUGGCUUUGUCGCUCUUUUGUCUGGUCAUAUUGGGCAACCUGACCUACGGCCUCAGCGUCCUCCUGAAGAACCCGGACCGGGAGCAGUCAGAAGUCAACUACAUUGAGCACCACCUGCCCUGGCUGUUUGGGAGCCUGGGGGUUCUGACCUUGGAUUUAGUUAUAAUCUUCCAGUUUUUCGUGUUUACCGCGAGCAGUCCGAGCGCUGAUGCUACGGGAGAAAGACAACCUCUUCUAGAUCCACUCAAGAGCCCCACUGACCCCUGACAAUCAGAAUCACAAGUCUUCCAGGCAGAUUUGCUCUCUGCGGUGCCGGUCUGAGACUCCACAACUGAACGUUCCGAAAACUAGAACGCGUUCCGGCCGGAACCUCCCGACCUGGCCACAUUGUGAUGUUCUAAUCACCUAAAUGGACCUUUGUGUCGUCCUAAAAAUGUUUUAACCCUUUCACUGUCACAGGCAAGGAAAAUGGAUAUUUUAAAUAUAAUGGGAAUUUUAGAUAAGGGAAAUCGCUGCUUUUAAAUAAGAUAUGUUAAUUAAGUUGUAACUUAUACGAUUAUGCACAGCUUUUGUAGAAGGGGUUGUGUCGGAGCAGAUCCCCAAGUGCACAUAACUAGGGAAUGUGAUCUGAGUGUGUUGCUGUGGUUUAUAGAGCCAGUUUCAGGACGCAGGUGCUCAGUCCGCCUUGUGGCAGAUCUGUUAUACACAAAAGACUUAAAGAAGGGAAAGCUGACACUUUACGGGACACAUAGCACUUAUAUGGACCUACAAACUGAUCAGAUUCCAGUUGUGCUGCUCUACACUGAGUGCUCAUAACAAGGGAAUAUUAUCUUUGUUUUUCUGAGUAUGUUUCUGCAGUUUAUAGAUCCUGUUUCAGGACACAGGUGCUCAGUCCGCCUUGUGGCAGAUCUGUUACACAAAAGACUUAAAGAAGGGAAAGCUGACACUUUACGGGACACAUGGCACUUAUAUGGACCUACAAACUGAUCAGAUUCCAGUUGUGCUGCUCUACACGGAGUGCUCAUAACAAGGGAAUAUUAUCUUUGUUUUUCUGAGUAUGUUUCUGCAGUUUAUAGAGCCAGUUUCAGGACGCAGGUGCUCAGUCCGCCUUGUGGCAGAUCUGUUUUGCACAUUACUUAGAGAAGGGAAAGCUGCCACUUUCUGGGCCACGUGGUGUUUUAUGGACCCACAAAGCGAUCAGAUUCCAGUUGUACUUCUCUGAACUAUGGUUAUUAUUGUUUAUUUUAAGAGACUGAGUUUUAUUAAAGAGAAAAAAAAACCCAGA